ACCGCAUAUUUAAUUUAUCUUUAAGUUAUCUUCGAAACUCCCGUACUGAAACAUGUUAGUCCUUUAAACAAGUUAUUAUCUGACGGUACUUGAAUGUCUCGAUUGCUUUAGAUAACUCUUAUAAUAAAACCUUUUAUUAGUUCUUUGGGUAGUUUAUAAUUCAUUCACGUUCUUCCGUUCCGUAUUUACAAUGAUUGCAAACUUCUCCUUUUUCAUAUGGGUCGUUUUGUCAGUUUUAAGCCUUUCCGAAGGUGCCUAUCCGAACAUAUACCAGCCUAUUAGAACAAAUGACAUAUCAGCUGAUGAUGACGUAGGCGAUCCCUUAAUCCUAACGCCACUUUUAAAGAACAAUCAGAUCGAGGAAGCCAAGAAGGCUGCUUCGGUUAAAAUUGCUGGGUUUGAAAAUACUACAAGCUAUUCAGGAUAUUUUACUGUUGAUGAGGCGUUCGACUCUAAUUUGUUCUUCUGGUUCUUCCCUUCGGAGAAUGACUAUGAGAAUGAUCCUGUUUUAUUGUGGCUUCAAGGUGGACCUGGAGCUUCUAGUUUAUACGCCCUCUUUAGUGAAAAUGGUCCAUUUAUAGUUAAAAAUGGCGAUGAAUUAAGUCUUCGAGAAUAUACUUGGACUAAAAAUCACUCCGUUUUAUACAUUGACAAUCCCGUUGGUACAGGAUACAGUUUUACCAACAACGGUUUCGCUCAAAACGAAACCAAAGUCGGUGAAGAUUUAUAUCAAGCCCUAGUUCAGUUCUUUACAGUUUUUCCUGAAAUUGCUAGCAACGCUUUUUUUAUAACUGGCGAAUCUUAUGCUGGAAAAUACAUUCCAGCUAUUGGCUAUACAAUAUAUAAACGAAAUGCUGUAGAAGAAUUCCAAAUAAACCUUCAAGGCUUGCUUAUAGGAGAUGGACUUACAGAUCCUGAAAAUCAGAUUUCUGAAUUGGGAAAUUAUUUGUACGAAAUAGGAUUUGUCGAUGAUGAAGGCAGAGAACAAUUUAGCAAAUUACAAAAUGAGACUGUUGAUUAUAUCAAACAAGGCGAUUAUUUGAAAGCUUUUGACAGUUUUGACGUCUUAUUAAAUGGCGAUUUUACCAGACCAACGUUGUUUCAAAACUUGACGGGAUUCACCACUUACUUUAACUAUCUUUUCAGACCAAGUUUUGAUGAUGAUUCUAGCUAUGAAACAUUUAUACAGACUGCAGACGUCAGAAAAGCAAUCCACGUGGGAAACUUAUCCUACUCCAGUACCGACGUAGAAGAUAAUCUUCGAAAUGAUGUGAUGCAGAGCAUUGCACCAUGGGUUGCAGAGCUUUUAUCUGCUUACCGCGUAUUGUUUUUUAAUGGACAACUUGAUAUCAUCGUGGCAUAUCCACUUACAGUCAAUUUUCUGAAACACCUAAACUUUACUUCUGCUGAAGAGUAUAGUACAGCUGCGAGAAAUGUUUGGUAUGUUGAUAAUGAGGUAGCUGGGUACGUCAAAGUUGCUGGAAACCUCACUGAAGUACUGGUCAGAGCCGCUGGACACAUGGUACCAUCGGAUCAGCCUAAAUGGGCAUACGAUUUAGUUUACAAUUUUGUAAGAAAUAUUUCUUUAGCUUAAAAUGUUAAUAAAAGUAACGACAAAUGA